CAGCAAGUUGGCAUGCUCACCGAAAGCCACAGUUACCUGAUUACAUCGCUGGACCUGCACACGGUGGACUUGGAGGAAUUCAAGUACGGCCAGACCAAGAUUACUGGCUACCGACUCGUGGACGUGGAUAGUCCAGAGCUGCAGGGAUUUCUCAAGGACUGGGAAAUGAUGUCCUCCCGAAUGGACCGCAAGGCGCCAGUCCCACCGAGCAUUCGGACGGAGACAGCGCUGAUGUAUGACGCUGUGAAGCUGUUUGCCAUGGGUUUGCACCAGUUGGACUUGUCCAAGGCAGUAGACUUCCCAGUGAUCUCAUGCGACAUGGCCGUCUCGUCGUCCGAUGGGAGCAGCCUCAUCAACCUCAUGAAGCCCAUCACCCUUCAGGGGCUGACCGGAGAGAUCAGCUUUGAUCCACAAGGAUUUCGGUCAUCGUUCAGCCUGGACAUUAUGGCCCUGAAGAGUGAUGGGUUGCAGAAG